AUGUUCAAAUUCUUGGGCGUGGGGCCUGCUGGGCCUGCUGGGCCUGCUGGGCCUGCUGGGCCUGGCCAGCACGACGAAGCAGGAAUCGAGACUCCGCGGCGGCUCUUUGUGAAUCUCCUAGACUAUUCCAGAAAUCAAGCUGGGACCCCGGGUCCGGAAAAGGAUGGCAAGUUCUACAUGGCCCUGGAGCUCGGACAUGAAAGUCUGGAUAUGUGGUUGCGAACGACUGGCCUCAUCCGGAUGGCAAACGUCAUCGAAGUUGCCAGGUCCCUUCUUGCAGCCUUGGAGUUUCUGCAUGGCCUCGGUUUCGUGCACUUGGAUGUUAAGCCUGACAACAUCAUGCGCUUUGGGUCGCUGUGGAAGCUGAUCGACUUCGGAAGUUGCCUAUCUGUGGGCGACGUCGUGCCAAUGCACAGCUUCGGCUUCACGCCCCUCUACUGCAGCCCAGAGUUGGCUGAAGCCGCCUUGGCCGAAGCCGACGGGCUCGCGCCUCUCCGUUGGCCGCUCCGGGCUCGCCCGGCCAUGGACCUCUGGGCGGUUGGGGUCGUGCUCCUCGACGUUUUGGUUCAGGGCUGUUGCUUUGCAGAGACAAAGGCCAUCGUGCCUGAGUGUCGCCUCAUCACAAGCCACGAAUGGGCCUUGAAGGCCUCCUUGGACCUUGUGGACCUGUUCGCAGAUGCCACUCCCUUCGAAGGCUGGUAUCGUGACUUGGCAACCUGUUCGUAG